AUGCCAGGUCCAGAAUGUAUGAAGGUAGCGGUACGCAUCCGGCCCAUGUCACGGGCGGAGGAGGCACGCGGCUGCCUAACAAUGGUCGAGCAGGCCGCACAAGACCAUCCCCAGAUACUCGUGUGCGGUGGCCGUACAGGGUCGGACGUUUACUCUUACAACUACGUGUUUGCGCCCUCCAUCAACCAAUCGCAGCUGUACGAGACGUCGGUCGCGCCGCUGCUUUCCAAGCUGUUUGCCGGUUAUAAUGCUACCAUCCUAGCGUACGGUCAAACAAGCUCAGGCAAAACGUAUACGAUGGGAACGAAUUUUACAGGCGAAACGGGCGAUGAUAUGGGCGUUAUACCGAGGGUCAUCGAUGAUAUUUUUCGGAUGAUUGACGAUCGUACGGAUGGCGCACUGUGUGCAAAUCGGGACACCAGUAUAAGCUGCUCGUUUAUCGAGGUUUACCAGGAUAACGUAUACGAUUUGCUGCAGGAGAAAAGUGGCACCGACCGGCACCCGCUCGAGAUUCGGGAAACAUCCGCUGGAGAUAUUAUUUUACAGGGUUUAACGGAUGUGCGGGCAAGCACUAGAAAGGAUGCGUUCGAUUGCUUGCUGCGUGGUUCGACGGGUCGGGUCGUACGUGCAACCGCGAUGAAUAAUGUUUCCAGCCGAAGCCACGCCAUUUUUACGCUCACGAUGCAACAGACGGUACUCGACGAAUCGAGCAACGUGAUCCGGUCGAAGUUCCAUCUGGUCGAUCUGGCCGGGUCGGAACGGUCGAAAAAAACGGACACGACCGGCAAUCGGUUUAAGGAAGGUGUGGAAAUCAACAAAUGUUUGCUGGCACUCGGAAACGUAAUUACGGCACUGGCCAGCACAAACAGUGGUCCGGGCAAAACCCACAUACCGUACCGUACCUCGAAGCUUACCCGACUGUUGCAGGAUUCGCUCGGUGGCAAUUCGUACACACUGAUGAUUGCUUGCGUUUCGCCGGCCGAUUACAAUCUGUCGGAAUCGGUCAGCACGCUACGGUACGCGAAUCGUGUGUGUAAAAUCAAGAAUAAACCGAUCGUUAAUCAGGAUCCGCAGCAGGCCCGCAUCAAGCAGCUGGAAGCGACCAUACAGGAAUUGCGGUUAAAGAUACUGUCACUGAGUCGGGGCGCACCGGAGGGUGAAGGACAAGAACCACUUUCGGUUCAGCCAGAAUUUACGCGUGGCGUUACGGAGACAAACAUACAAUCGCCGAGGACCGAGACGAGUGUAUACACCCGUCCAACUACAGCAAGUAUCAAGAAGCUGCAGGAAAAUAAUCGGAACUUACAGCUACAGCUACAAACGGCACUGCAUGAGCUCGGCUCGAACGAGAUGCGUGCGAUGACGGGGGAAAAGCUGCUGGAAGACAUUGAGCAGGUGCUGAGCAAGUACAAAGCGACAUCCGAGAGCGAGAUGGGACGAGAAAUUGGUGCACUGUUGCGGAAAUACAGAGAGGAAGAAAUUGCGCUCGGUGUGCACAGUUUACCGAAUCCGACCGUUGAGCCUGGCGUAACUAACACGAAGAAUGAAAGUUGUUCGGAGGAGAUGGAGAAUAGAUCGACAUUCCACACCGAGCAGCAGAUACGCAUACACAGCGAACUGAGGCAGCUAAAACGUGACCUCGCAAUAAAAGAAGAACUGCACCGCAAAUGUAUGGAUAACAGCUCAGUAGUAAAGACACUUACCAGCAACCGGGAACGCGAGCUAACCGAGCAAUUGCGCGAAUACGAACGACAAAUUGCCAAACUCGAGGAACAACUGACCGAGCUGAAUGCGCAACACGAAAGUACCCGUGCUAGUGAAAAGCGUUCCAAGUUGGCGGAGGAACGUCGCCAGAAGGUACAGCAGCUCGAAAGCGAACUGGCGGCGCUGCGAAAGAAAACCAUGCGUCAGGCGAAGUUACUCAAGCUAAACGAACACGAUGCCCAACGUAUUGCGGGGUUAAGCUCUGAAAUACAGGAAAUGAAGGCAACACGUGUCAAGUUACAGAAGGCACUCCGCGCCGAGAGCGAGAACUUCCGCCAGUGGCGCGUUAGCCGGGAGAAGGAAAUCAUCCAACUCAAAGCAAAGGAUCGAAAACGGGAGUUUGAGCUGAAGAAGCUCGAAUCGACUUACACGCUGCAGAAGCUUAUUAUGAAGCGUAAGAUGGACGAAACGAUUCUGGUGAAUAGACGACUAAAACAGACACUUGAACGCCGACAGCGUAAUACGAGUGCGUCGGACCGGUCGGUGAUGCGGGGUCCCGAGGCGUCCAGAUGGAUAAAGCAUGAGCUGGAGUUGAUGUGCGAUACGGUGGAAGCGUCAGCUACGCUCAAACUUUUGCACAGCCAGCGCACCCAACAGUCGAAGAAGCUGUCUCAGCUCCGGAAAGAUCUCGCCGAGUUGCUGGGGGCGGUGAAGUCCGAUGAGCCGGUUGGGGACGGAUCGAUCGAUGAGCGAAAUCAGCAGAUCCAGCUAGCGAAGGACGAGAUACGCCAGUGUGAAACCGAGCUCGAGUAUCGCAACGCACAGAUUGCCGAUCUGCAGCAGAAGAUACACAACAUGGACACCGAAUCGCUGCUGGUGGCGUUCAGCGAAGGACUAGCCAGUUUGCCCGAGGCGCGCGAAUCCUUUAACCAGGUGCUGGAGCAAGUGGUCCACACCCAAACGCAGCUGUUCGAGGCACGCUUCCAGCUGGUGGAGUUAAAGGCGACGAGCGAAUGCCAGGAGGAAGCAUUAUGUCAGGCACGUGACCAGCUGCAGCAGGUCGAAAAGCAGUACCGGGAGCAGGUGGUACAGCUUGAGCGUACGUACGAGGAUAAGCUAGCGUUUCUGCUAAUGCAGCGGACCGAUGCCGUACCGGCCGAAAACGCCGUAGGUCCUCCGCAGCCCGAUACCGUACACGAGGAAGCGAUCCGGCACAUUAACGAACUGCGAGACGAGCUUGAAAUGAACAAGCAACUGGUGGAGAAACUACAAGCGGAAGAACAACAACUACCGCGCCGGAAAUGUCAGCUACCGUUGAGAUUGCGGGAACAUCAUAUGGAUUUCGUUGAUCAAGACACUGAUACAUCCUACGGCUCUGAUUCGGAAAAUAAUGAAGACGAUCCCUCGAAGGAACUGCUGGAAAAGGAGCUUGAUCCUGAUUUUCGCGGCACACCUCUGUACAAGCGUAAAGCUCGGCCGCAAGAACCCAUAGGCGAAAGUGAGGCUCACGGUAAUAAAACCGCUAACAGUUCCAGUCUCAGCUGCAGCUGCACGGGUAUCUGUGUGACACGACGGUGCGGUUGCCAGCGGCACGAAAGUGCUUGCCAUCCUGGAUGCAAGUGUCCGCCCGGAUGUACCAAUCGGAAGGAGACCGACGGUGACAGUAGUGCGAUCGCUACUAAAAAACAAGAUACCAAGAAAGAAGAUACUGGCAUAAAUGUUAACGGAAUGAUGAUAUAUCCAACAGAACGGGCCAGCGAUGACAUGGAUAUCCUGGAGUACAUUUCCAAGUACCGGAAGCGGAAGCCAUUCCUGAAUCCCUAA